CUGGCUGAGUGCGGGUGGGACUAGCGCCAGCAGGGAAGCCGCCACUCUGCCCGGCCGCUGAGGAGGAGGAGGAGGAUGGAGGAGCGGAGGCUGUAAUGGCGGCCGGCGGUGGCAGCAGAGGAGGCGGCUGUGCGCUGCUGCUGCUGUGAGGGAGCAAGAGCGGAAGCGGCGGCGGCGGCGGAGAGGAGGAGGCCGAGGAGACAAUGGAGGAACAUCCCGGAGCCAGGGCCCUUCAGCAGCAGCAGCACGCCGGGGCCGCCCUCAACCCAGGCCCUUCGCCGCCUCACCCGACGCCGGUGCCUCCCUCGCCCCCUCCCCUGCUCCCCCCUCCGCCUCCUUCGGCCCAAGGCCCGGCUCAGGAAGCGGCGGCGGCGGCGGCGGCGGGGGCCUCGGAGGCGUCCCGGCCUCAGCACUACACCAUCCCGGGGAUCCUGCACUACAUCCAGCACGAGUGGGCGCGCUUCGAGAUGGAGAGGGCGCACUGGGAGGUCGAGAGGGCCGAGCUCCAGGCUCGGAUAGCAUUUUUGCAAGGUGAGAGAAAAGGUCAAGAAAACUUGAAGAAAGAUUUAGUAAGAAGAAUAAAAAUGUUAGAAUAUGCAUUAAAACAAGAAAGGGCAAAAUAUCAUAAACUAAAAUAUGGCACAGAACUGAACCAAGGUGACUUGAAAAUGCCAACCUUUGAGUCAGAAGAAACCAAAGAUACAGAGGUUCAUACAAUACCUCAUAAUAGUCAGCUAACCUGGAAGCAAGGCCGACAGUUAUUAAGACAGUAUCUUCAGGAAGUUGGUUACACAGAUACAAUAUUGGAUGUACGGUCACAGAGGGUGAGGUCUUUACUUGGGCUUUCCAGUUCAGAACCAAAUGGCUCAGUAGAGACAAAAAAUUUGGAACAGAUUCUUAAUGGAGGAGAAUCUCCAGCAUCAAAACAAAAGGGACAGGACAUGAAAAGGAAUCCUGGAGAUGUUCUUGAAACAUUUAAUUUCUUGGAAAAUGCAGAUGAUAGUGAUGAAGAAGAAGAGAGUGAUAUGAUUGAAGAUAUUGCAGAAGGAAAAGAGAAACACAGGAUAAACAAAAAACACAAAAUAGGAAAUGAAGGGCUCGCAGCUGACCUUACUGAUGAUCCAGACACAGAAGAAGCCUUGAAAGAAUUUGAUUUCUUAGUAACCGCAGAAGAUGGAGAAGGAGCUGGAGAAGCACGGAGUUCGGGGGAUGGGACAGAAUGGGACAAAGAUGACCUGUCCCCAACUGCUGAGGUUUGGGAUGUAGACCAGGGACUAAUAACUAAACUGAAGGAACAAUACAAGAAGGAACGAAAGGGCAAGAAAGGGGUAAAGAGGGUCAACAGAACAAAACUGCACGACAUGAUAGCUGAUCUGGGCGAUGAUGAGCUACCCCACAUCCCUUCAGGAGUCAUUAAUCAGUCUAGGUCACCCUCAUCUAGAAUGACUGAUCAUGAAGGUGCAAGAGCAGAGGAAGCUGAGCCAAUUACGUUUCCAUCUGGAGGGGGCAAGUCAUUUAUUAUGGGUUCAGAUGACGUAUUGUUAAGUGUACUGGGCCUCGGGGAUCUUGCAGACUUAACUGUAGCUAAUGACGCAGACUAUAGUUAUGAUUUGCCAGCCAAUAAAGAUGCCUUUCGGAAAACAUGGAAUCCUAAAUAUACGCUACGCAGCCAUUUUGAUGGAGUGCGGGCAUUAGCUUUUCAUCCUGUAGAGCCUGUGCUGGUUACAGCCUCUGAGGACCAUACUUUAAAACUUUGGAACUUGCAGAAAACAGUUCCUGCCAAAAAGAGUGCCUCUUUAGAUGUGGAACCUAUCUACACAUUUAGAGCCCAUAUUGGACCUGUUUUGUCCUUGGCAAUUAGUUCUAAUGGAGAACAUUGUUUUAGUGGUGGUAUUGAUGCAACUAUACAGUGGUGGAACAUGCCUAGUCCUAAUGUGGAUCCUUAUGAUACAUAUGAGCCAAACGUUCUAGCUGGCACAUUAAUUGCUCACACAGAUGCUGUCUGGGGUCUUGCUUACAGUGGGAUCAAGAAUCACUUACUAUCUUGCUCAGCAGAUGGCAGUGUUAGAUUGUGGAGUCCGCCUGAAAAAGUGCCCUGCAUUUGCACAUACAACGGAAAUAGGGAAUAUGGAAUACCUACAUCCGUUGACUUUAUAGGUUGUGAUCCAGCACAUAUGGUGACAACAUUUAGCACUGGCAACACUGUCAUUUAUGAUUUGGAAACAUCCCAGUCACUGGUAAUGCUUUCCUCACAGACUGAUUCUGGUUUACAGGUAAAUAAUCACAUCAACAGGGUAGUAAGUCAUCCAACUCUUCCUGUAACAAUAACAGCUCAUGAAGAUAGACACAUCAAGUUUUUCGACAAUAAAACGGGUAAAAUGAUCCAUUCUAUGGUUGCUCACUUGGAUGCUGUCACAAGUUUAGCUGUGGACCCUAAUGGAAUCUACUUGAUGUCUGGAAGCCAUGACUGUUCUAUUAGAUUAUGGAAUUUGGACAGCAAAACGUGUGUGCAAGAAAUAACAGCCCAUAGGAAAAAGUUGGAUGAAUCAAUUUAUGAUGUAGCUUUUCAUCCAUCGAAAGCAUAUAUCGCCAGUGCAGGAGCCGAUGCCCUUGCCAAAGUAUUUGUGUGACAUAACAAAGCAAACCUGUGUCCUGUGUAGCAGGCUUGCCUGGACAAGGAGAGGGAAAGUGUCACUGCCAUUAUGGAAAAGGUUACUGAUGAGACACUACAUGUGGCCAGCCUCAACCGAGACUGUAUGUGGGUCAGUGUAAAUUGGUCAAAUCACGAUCUCAUGAAUAACAUUGGGCUGAUUCAUUUAACUGUAAUUACUGUAUUUUUUGGGGGGGAAGCAAACCAGUAUUUGUAGCCUUGACUGGAUAUGAACUGAGCGUUUGUCUGUUCUUUAGAUGUGUCUUUAAACGAACGUGGAGUCAGAUCUUAUUAAAGACUUUUAUUUUGGACUCUGUGUGCUGCCUUAGGGUUAGGAAUGUGGUGCUCUUGUGGGGGGGGGGGGGUAAGUGAGCUCCAAGAGUAGGUUUCUUUGCAUCUCUUAGUAUCUUCUUGUCUAUCAGUUAAAUGCCACAGAUUCCCCUUUUCAGCUUUUAUUUUGCUUUAAAGAAAAAGGAAUUAACUUAAAAUAUUUAGCAUUAGUUGCACAAAAUAUUUGGAUAAAAUUCUAGUUUUUAUAUGUCUUUUAUAUAUUUAGCCUGUCACAGCAGUGCUCAAGAUUGUAUGGAUGAUGUUUUUUCUGCAUUAUAGUACCCUAACCACAAAGAUCUCGCUGCCCUGUAAUCACACAGUUCCUUUUGUUGCCUAACAAAGUUCAGUUUAGUCCUUUUUUCAGGAUGAUAAUUCAUCACCUUUGAAUUACUGGCGUCCUAAAGGACUGUAGAGAAGUGCAAAAAAGAAAUGCAAAGGAACUAACCACCCCCAGCCUUCCCAAUGAACUUUUAAAAUUAAUCUUGGCAUCCUAUCACUAUGUGAUAUUUUGUACAUCUUACUGUAUUUACGAGAUUAUUUAUCAAGGAUUACCCAUCUGGCUAAUGGCCUAUUAUUUAUUUCACUUUUUGUUGGACUUUAUAUUCUUUUUAUGUAGCGUGUUAAGGGGCCCUUGUAUAUCUAUCUAUUAUAGCACUCUUUGAACAGUCUAAAAUAGACUAAAAAUGGGACAUGGAAUAGUUUUUAAAGUUACAGACAGACUUUUUUCCAGUUACAUGUCUGGAGUUAAGUUGAUUCCAGAAAGUCAUUUCAGAACUUAAGGAGUGAAAAUGUUUUUUAUUUGCGGUUCAAAUAGAAUGAGAAAGUAGUUGAAUCAAGAGUCAGAAAUUGGCUGUGUUUGGAAUAGUUAUUCCCUGCUUUGAUUUGUUUUUUUUUCAGAUGUGCUUCAGUUUAUGGUGUAACUAAAAGGUUUCGUUUAUGUAACUGCAUGAUUAAGACAAUAAAAGUAUUUUUUCUAGUCUUCCACAAAACUUUCUGAUCAGUUUGCGAGUUUUGAUGAGUUUUGUAAGUUUUCUGUUUUACAAACUAUGAAUCAGCAAAUUUUUAAGAUUGUACAACAUAGCAAAAGUACAGUUCUUUAAAAAAAUGUAUAUAAAAUGCAUAUAAUAAAUACUAAAUGGUGUACCUGUA